AUGUUCAGAGUCGGCCCACCAGAUGUUCUCCUAUUAACCACCGCUUCCCUGUUGAAUACUACAGCUACGGGCGGCGUGUUCAAGACUCACCUUGCCGAUCGGAUGGUAAUUAUUAUAGAUGAGGCAUCACAAGUUCCUGAACCUAUUUUGACCUGUUUUGUUACGAUGUUUCCAGAUGCACGUCAGCUCUACAUCGGAGAUAUUCACCAAAUGCGGCCCUACGUUCAGUGCCCAAGAGAAGCCAAUCCUGCACUUUUCGGGGCUCGCAGCGUCAUAUCUGUCCUAGGACAUUCACCCGGCGUCCCGAAAACUGCAAUGGUGACAACCUUUAGGGCCCACCCCGCCCUUAAUGCCUUGCCGAACCUCCUGUCGUACGGCGGGACACUCAUCAAUGGAACAACGGUGAACGACCGUCGUCUACUCUUAGAUCGGAUCAGCUUCCCUAAUCCUCACCUCCCCUUCGCUCUCAUUGAUGUCGAAGGAACCUCUGUUCGGGCUCCUAGUCGCUCGCACGCAAACGAAGAAGAGGCUACGAUUUGUCUCUCCUUGAUUCAUCAGCUGCUACAGGUCGGCCUUUCGCCUAGUCAAUUUUGCGUGGUAACCUUCUAUCGAGAGCAAUUCCGCCUACUGUUCGAGUUUGCAUCCGACGGUCGUGAAACUGAAGCCGUCAUACUCCUUACAACCCGUACCGAUUUUCACCCCGAAGCCGCGACUUUCAUCGACGACCCUCUUCGCCUGACCGUCGCGAUUACGCGUUGCCGUCACGGACAAUUUGUCCUGGGUCACGUUUCCACACUUCGUACCUUACCUCACUGGGGAGGCCUUGUUCGCUGGGCUGAGGGCGCGGGCGCUAUUGUUCCCUCAUCCCGACUACAGACCUUGUUCCGUGUCCAUUAA